ACAGGUGCUGGGCUCUGACACAGAAUGGCACUUUGCGCACCGCGGCCUGCCACAUGCGCGCCCGCGCCGCUCCAUCGCACACACGCGCAUGCUCAAGCAACACCCACUUGUUCACACAGCAGUACAACAGACCGGUUUUAAGAGAGUAAAGAGGGGAUUUCGUCCCUUAAGGCUACCGGAACCUGCGCCAGCGCCCGCUGCUGAACCCCGUGACCCCUAUUUCCCCUUACAAUGGUACUUGAAGAAUACGGGACAAAAUGGGGGGAAGCCUAAACUGGAUUUGAACGUUGAAGCCGCCUGGGCUCAAGGGUAUACGGGGGUGAAUGUUACAACUGCUAUAAUGGAUGAUGGUGUCGAUUACAUGCAUCCAGAUUUGAAGUAUAAUUAUAACGCAGAGGCUUCAUAUGACUUCAGCAGCAACGAUCCGUUUCCCUAUCCCAGAUAUACGGACGACUGGUUUAACAGUCACGGCACGCGAUGUGCAGGGGAGGUUGCAGCAGCGAGAGACAACGGUGUGUGCGGCGUCGGAGUGGCGUACCACUCCAAAGUUGCUGGAAUAAGAAUGUUGGACCAGCCCUACAUGACGGAUUUGAUCGAAGCGAACUCUAUGGGGCACGAGCCCCAUAAGAUUCACAUCUACAGCGCUUCCUGGGGGCCUACGGAUGAUGGCAGGACGGUUGAUGGACCCCGUAAUGCUACCAUGAGGGCUAUUGUACGAGGAGUGAAUGAGGGUCGUAACGGUCUGGGCAACAUCUACGUGUGGGCGAGCGGUGAUGGCGGUGAGGAUGACGACUGCAACUGCGAUGGUUAUGCAGCUUCCAUGUGGACCGUUUCUAUCAACAGUGCCAUAAACGACGGCCAGAACGCCCACUAUGAUGAAUCCUGCUCAUCAACGCUGGCGAGUACAUUCAGUAAUGGCGCCCGAGAUCCCAGCACUGGAGUGGCAACUACCGACCUCUAUGGAAAAUGUACUGCAACUCACUCGGGCACGUCAGCCGCUGCGCCUGAAGCUGCCGGAGUUUUUGCGCUUGCUCUGCAUGCUAACCCCAGUUUAACGUGGCGAGACAUCCAACACUUGACUGUUUUGACAUCAAAGCGGAAUUCUCUUUAUGAUGCCAAGGGCCGUUUCCACUGGACCAUGAAUGGCGUAGGACUGGAGUUCAACCAUCUCUUUGGAUUUGGUGUGUUAGAUGCGGGCGCCAUGACAGCACUGGCUGCCAACUGGCGAUCAGUGCCACCACGGUACCAUUGCGAGGCUGGAUCUGUUAAUACACAUACCGAAAUCCCCUCAGAAGGUCUCCUGACCUUGAAGAUUGAUACGACAGCAUGUGCUGGAACACCGAGCGAGGUGCGCUACUUGGAGCACGUGCAGGCCGUCGUCAGCGCCAACGCCAGCAGACGCGGGGACCUUGAACUCUUCCUUACUAGUCCAAUGGGCACCAGAUCAAUGAUUCUGAGCAGGCGUGCGAAUGAUGAUGACUCCCGUGAUGGUUUUACCAAAUGGCCGUUCAUGACCACACACACCUGGGGUGAAUACCCUCAGGGCACCUGGAUCUUAGAGGCACGUUACAAUGGUGGUCCAAACAGCAACUCAGGUGACUGGUCAGGGUUCUUCAGAGGCUGGUCCCUAGUGCUUCACGGUACUAGGGCACCCCCAUACGCCCAACUCCAGCCCCAGGACCCCCACUCGAAGCUUGCCGUCGUCAAGAAGGCGCACGAAGACAACGCGAUCAACUAA